GGGGAAACCAUUGGCUGCUGAUGUGCAGUCAGCCAGUCAUGGGCUCAGAACCACUCACGGGAAAUCCUGAGACUUGGUGCUGGUGGAGUAACCCGGAUCUGAGGUCCAGGAUUCAAAUCUCUGUACACGAAAACUAAUUAUAGAGGCAAAGGGAAGUUCUUGCCCCUCUUUUGAAACAAAUAGUUUUUGAUGCUGUGUCCAUGGGCAGCUCAGAGAGAUAAGCAGCAGCCAUAAAAUCAUCACCUGAGAGUCAGAAGAAACAGAAACUGCAGAAGGUCUGGUUCCUGCUCACCCUGGUGACUCCGUGCUGUGUUUUUGCUUAUGGAGCCUCCAGCUUCUCUGCACUUCAGCCAGGCGACCUCCCUGCUCCUCCCCAUCCUCAGCCUGCUUGUGCUGGUCUCAGCUCAAUUUACAGUCAUGGGGCCGGCUGGUCCAAUCUUGGCCAUGGUUGGAGAAAACACCACAUUACCCUGCCACCUGUCACCUGAGAAAAAUGCUGAGAACAUGGAGAUUCGGUGGUAUCGGUCUCAGUUCUCCCCUGCAGUUCUACUGUAUAAGGGCAGGAGAGAGAGGACAGAAGAACAGAUGGAGGAGUACCAAGGAAGAACCACCUUUCUGAGUGAAGCCAUCAGCCAGGGGAAGGUGGGACUCAUUAUCCAUAAUGUCACAGCACACGAGAAUGGCAUGUACUGCUGUUACUUCCAGGAGGGCAGGUCCUACGACAAGGCCAUUUUGCACCUCAGAGUGGCACGCCUGGGUUCUAAGCCCCUCAUUGAAAUGAAGGGCUAUGAGGAUGGGGGCCUCCGGCUAGAGUGCACAUCUUCAGGGUGGUAUCCAGAGCCCCAUCCAGUGUGGAGGGAUCCUUGUGGUAAGGUCACUUCUGCCUUGGAGAAAGCCUGCACUGUGGACAAAGAUGGCCUCUUCACAGUCACCAUGGUUGUGAUUAUCAGAGACUCCUGGGUGAGGAACAUGACCUGCUCCAUCAGUAACACUCUGCUCGGCCAGGAGGUAGAAACUGUGAUUUUCAUCCCAGAAUCCUUCACACCCAGCCUGUCUCCCUGGAUAGCGGCUCUGGCUGUCAUCCUAGCUAUUCUGAUGCUUUUCACGUUUGGGAUCAUGUGUCUCAUCAAGAAAUUCCAUGGAGGAAAAAAGAGUCUGUCAGAAGAAAAAGAUACUGAAUAUGAAGAAAGAGAAAUUACACAGCAACUUCAAGAACUGCGAUGGAGAAGAACCCUCCUACAUGCUGCCGAUGUGGUUCUGGAUCCAGACACAGCUCAUCCAGAGCUCUUCCUGUCAGAAGAUGGGAGAAGUGUGCGACGGGGCCCCUCCCGGCAGAGCCUGCCCAACAAUCCAGAGAGGUUCGACUGCAGGCCCUGUGUCCUGGGCAGGGAGAGAUUCUCCUCAGGGAGACACUAUUGGGAGGUAGAGGUGGAGGAUGUGAUGGUGUGGGCCAUUGGGGUUUGUAGGGACAGCACUGAGAGGAAAGGGGAGGCUCUGCUGCUUCCCCAGAAUGGCUUCUGGACCCUGGAGAUGUUUGGAAACCAGUAUCGGGCCCUGUCCUCCCCUGAGAGGAUUCUUCCCAUGAAAGAGCGCCUUUGCCGCGUGGCCGUUUUCCUAGACUAUGAAGCUGGAGAUGUUUCCUUCUACAACAUGAGAGACAGGUCACACAUCUAUACAUGUCCCCUCUCAACCUUCUCUGGGCCCCUAAGGCCCUUUUUUAGACUGGGUUCUGAUGAUAGUGCCCUCUUCAUCUGCCCAGUGUUCACAGGGGCCCAGGGAGUCAUGGUGCCUGAGGAUGGCCUGAUCCUACACAGGCCAAGGACCUGCUACCCUCUGCAGGGCCAAUUUUCUGAUCUCCCAGCCAUUUAGGAAGCCGUGGCCUUCUUCUCCACUACCAUGGCACUGCGCUAUCUGAUGCAAACAGGCCCUUCCUUCUCGUCACAGGAGAGAGCAUCUUCCUGCUGCUUCACACCCAGUUCAGGCCCAGGCCCAGUUCCCUCCCUCUUCAAGCUGUGGCUUUAGUAGCUGAGGCGCUGGGAAGUAUGGGGCAGGCACAGUCUUCUUAGGGAACUGUCGCUGUUACACACCUUGCAGCUGGGAAGGAUGCAAGAGGGCAAUGGGCAGAAGUACGGCUGCUUUCAUACCACAGCCAACUACUACACUGUGAACAUGGGUGAGGGCAGUGGGAUGCACGAGGAUGUAAGGGGCAGGAAGGAACCACAGAACCUCUGAUGUGGAAGACAAAGACAGUGACACACAGAAAUGGGCUAGAGAACUGAAAGGAGGCAGAGCUUACAGUUAGGGGGUCUCUGGAGCUGACCAUCCAUUUUCACCCAAACCCCAAGAUUUCUAGACCACAUAACUGUGGGCCCAGACCUGGGAUACAACAUCAAAGGACAAAAAGUACCUAGAAACAGGUGUGGUGGUGCAAGCUGUAAUCUCAGCAUUCAGAAGGCUGAUGC